CGUGCACCGGAUCAGCCUGUAGCCCCCGUACUGUGCCGCGGAGCAGUUUACGUGCUUGCUUCCCCCAGUCUGCUGCGAAGAUCGCCACUUCCUGCCACUAAGUGCGGCAGUGCUCGGAGUUUCUCCCAGUCUCUCCAUCCUGUAAACAGCUACGCCAGGAUCGGCCGACCGUGCUUUCCUGUCCGAUCGGGUUCCCCCGAUGCCGCCUGGCGGCGUGAGUCCGGCAGAGCCGCGGCCGGGGUUCGCUUCGUGUCACCGCCCGUUUCCUUCCUGUCCAGCUUAGCUAGCUUGUCCGACACGGCACUCGACUGUGUGAUUUUUUUUUUUUAUUAUAUACCAUCUUAAGUUUCUCGCUAAUUUAAUGACAGCGAUAGUUUGGCAUGGUCAUCCCGUCCGUGGGCACUGACCUGGCUGUUUAAACAGCGUUUCCCCAGGAAGGGCUUGGAGCGGACUUAUAUCGACAGGGCUGUGCCAGAUUUUAUUUAUCUCCGUGGUCCUGAGCUUUGAAAUUCUCAGGGUAGUUCCCACCGCCAGAGGCCCAGCACUGGGAAGACCAGCUCUGGGUUGCCAUGGACGACCGCUCAUCCCUCGGAAAAGUGAGCGGCUCCACAGAAUCCGUGUCGACCGUCACCAGUGAGGAGUUUGUGCUGGUCCAGCCGAGCGCGGCGGGGUCGCCUUCCUGCUCCGAGGCCAAACCCAGACUCAAGACGGCCUGGAACGGGAGCGAGCAGCUGCAGAGGGCGAUGGAGGAGGUGCUGGAGGACGAGGGGAGAGAGGAGGAGAGGCCCGCGGGAGAGCGAGGAGAUACAGUAACGGGAACUCCAGCUAGUAACAGACAAACCAUCCCCCAUAAUGUCCCGCUAGAUGCAGCAUCGGCAGAUGGUGAGUGUCCCCCUGUGCUGGAGGAGGACGGCGUGCAGUUUAACAAGCUCUCCUACCUGGGCUGCACGUGGGUGAAAGCCCCACGCAACGAGGCAGAGGCUCAGAGGGCCAUGGCCACCCUGAAGGCGGAGAGUGCUGGCCCCGUCCCCGUCACCCUCUAUGUCCCCAACGUGCCCGAUGGCUCCGUCCGGGUUGUGGACCAGGUGACUGGCACCGAGAUCACCGCCCUGCCCAUCUACAAAGUGCUGUUUUGCGCACGUGGCCAGGAGGGGACGCCGGAGAGCGACUGCUUCUGCUUCACGGAGAGCUACCGCAGCAGUGAGGACUUCCAGAUCCACGUCUUCUCUUGUCACAUCAAGGAGGCUGUCUGCCGUAUCUUAUACAGCUUUUCCACAGCCUUCCGGCGCUCCUGUAAACCUGCUCCAGAUGUGAGAGACUCCACUCCACCCCUCUCCCCAGACGGCGACAUCUUUACUUUUGUGGUAUCGCUGGAGGUGCGAGAGGAUGAUGGCAAAGGCAACUACAGUCCCGUCCCAAAGGACCGCGACAAGUUCUACUUCAAGUUACGGCAAGGUGUGCAGAAGAAGGUGGUGGUCACAGUCCAGCAGCUGAGCAACACAGAACUGGGCAUUGAGAGGUGCUUCGGAAUGCUACUCAGUCCAGGCCAGAAGGUCCGGAACAGCGACAUGCAUCUCUUAGAUAUGGAGUCAAUGGGGAAGAGCCUGGAUGGGAAAGCCUAUGUGAUCACAGGUACCUGGAGUCCAAACGCCCCCACGUUCCAGGUGCUGAACGAAGACACGCCUAAAGACAAACAGGUGUACAUGACGGUGGCGGUGGACCUCGUGGUCACAGAGGUGGUGGAGCCGGUCCGUUUCCUGAUGGAGACGCUGGUGAGGGUCUACCCGGCCAACGAGAGGUUCUGGUACUUCAGCCGGAAGGCCUUCACUGAAACCUUCUACCUCAAGCUGAGACAGAGCAGCCAGAAGGGCAGCCAGGGAGACGCCAUUUUCGAGGUGUUGAGCCUGCAGAGAGAGACAGAGAGGGCAAAUGGGACACGGGACCGACUGCUGUCCCCUGGCGAGGAAGAGGAGCUGGAGGAAGACAGCGACAAUGAGAUCUCUAGUGGCACCGGUGACGUUUCCAAGGAUUGUCCAGAGAAGAUCCUGGAAUCUUGGGGUGGGAUCCUCAGCAGAUGGCACGGCAACCUGGCGGCGCGCCCCAAGGGCCUGAGCGCCCUCGUCCGAACCGGCAUCCCCGAGGCCCUGCGCGCCGAGGUCUGGCAGCUCCUCUCCGGCUGCCAGAACGACCCAGAGCUGCUGGAGCGUUACCGCGUGCUCAUCACCAAGGACUCCCUGCAGGAGGGUGUGAUCACACGCGAUGUACAUCGUACCUUCCCGGCCCACGACUACUUCAAGGACUCCGACGGUGAAGGCCAGGAAUCCCUGUACAAGAUCUGUAAGGCUUACUCGGUCUAUGACGAGGAGAUUGGAUACUGCCAGGGUCAGUCCUUCCUGGCAGCUGUGCUGCUGCUGCACAUGCCGGAGGAGCAGGCCUUCUGCAUUCUGGUGAAGAUCAUGUUUGAGUACGGCCUCCGGGAUCUGUACAAGAACAACUUUGAGGAUCUCCACUGUAAGUUCUACCAGCUGGAGAGGCUGCUGCAGGUCAGUCCGUCAUGGGGCCACAGGGAAAUCAAACCUCUCGGCCCUUUUUCGUUAAUUUUUUGUUUGUUCAUUGGUAUCACUUUACAAUAAGGCUCCCUUUGCCACUUAUAAACGGUAAUCAUUAAUAAUAGGAAAACUGCGGUAUAACUUGUUUAUAAUUGUCUAGUAAUGGUUUACAAAGUGUUACAACCUAAUUAAUAACCUGCUUAUAAACCAUUCAUAAUCCCUUUAUAAGGGUAGCCUUAUUGUAAAGUGGCACCUGUUCAUCUGCCAAUUUUGCCCGUGCGCUUGGCAACGCGUGACCGUCGAUCUCAGUCACCUGUAGUCGUGUUCGUGGCAGUUUAUUUAACCCCCUUCCUGAGUCAGUGCCGGUCUCCGUAAGCUAUUAAACUAAAUCCACUAAAAAUAGGGUUUUAAUUUUGUGCCAAAAUCCAAUUAGACCCAAGGUGAGUUUUUUUUGGUGCCAGACUGAACAGGGUUACUAUUGACAUGGUUCCAGACGAGAGCAUUAGUAUUGAUUAGUCACGGUUGACAUAUGGUGGUUUGCAGCCGCUGUUUCAGAGCAGGUCAUUCCUACUUUCUCCUCUCUUUUUCUAUGCCAUUUCUAUCCUUCCUUCCUUCCUCAUUUAAUAUUUGUUUCCUGGCUAAUACGAGCGUAUGUAAUAAGAGCAAACAGACAUAGCUACCCAGAAAUAAUGUUAUUUGUGCUCGUGCUUACAUGAGGCACGGUGUGCAUGUAAGAAGGUAAGAAACCUUCGGUUGGGGCAGCAGAUUAAAACCACGGUCUGUUUUAUCAUUUUUUCACGAAGGAUUUUCCGUUUAAUGUGAGAGACCAGGAACUGGGAAGCGGUUCUGUGACUCGUGCAGGGCUGCUCUCUGUCAUGCGGUCAUGGACGUCCCUCUCCUCUUUAGUCCGAAAAUCGAAAUGUCAGGCUCUUUUGCCCCCCCUCAUCCGUGUUGCCUAAUUCCCUGGUUGUGUUGUUAUUCUGUGCCUCUGUUUUGUUCACCCUCACACUUUGCCCUGCCCCCCCCCCAGCAUUGUGGUAUCGACGUGACCUCUCUGUUUCAGCGACCCCCGCUGCUCUCCCUAAUGACUACACCUCACUCGGGAUAAUGCAGCUAUCUGUCGAAACACACUGAAGUGACAGACUUUCAUGGGAAGCCACUCUCCAGAAACAUGCAGUAUAUUGUCUAAAAGGGGGACUUGUUUUAUUUUUAUUUUCUUACUGUUUUAUUCCCUGUCAUUUAAGUAACUUCAUAGGUGUGUGUUCUCUUUUCUUUCCGAACACAACAAACCUGUGAAUUGAUUACCCUCUUCUGUCAGUUAGUGUCACAUUAUUUGAUUUCACUGCUUGUCUGUCAGUUGGUGUCGUCUAAUUUCACUGUUUUCUUUAUCAGUUAAUAUGUCAGUUAUUUGAUUUCACUCCUUGCUCUGCCAGUUAAUAUCACUGUGAUUCAGUUUCACUGUUUUUUCUUAGUUGGUGUCGUGUGUGUCGAUUUCACAGUCUCGGUCUCGAUGUGAUUUCACUCUUCUGUUAGUUAAUAUAACUGUGACUUGAUUCAGCUGUUCUGUUUCAUGUUUGCUCUGUCAGUGAUGGUGUCACUCGAUUUCACUGUUUGUUCUGCCAGUGUCUGUGUGACUUGAUUUCACUGUUUGUUCUGCCAGUGUCUGUGUGACUCGAUUUCACGUUUGCUCUGUCAGUAAUGGUGUCACUCAAUUUCACUGUUUGUUCAGUCAGUGUCUGUGUGACCUGAUUUCACUGUUUGUUCUGCCAGUGUCUGUGUGAC